GGUCAUGUGACUGCUGUUCGCAGUUAGUGUGGAGAGGGUCCAGGCAGUAAUACUGUCAUAUUGAAAGCGACGCUGCUGUGUAAAUACAGCGGGAGUGACGUGGACCGUGGCGACAUGUACAUUUUCAUUUAAAAUAGAGGGAUGCAAACAUAGUUCGUUUACAGGUUGGGUUUAAAAAAAUAAAUAAAACAUUUCUUCAGGAAAUUGAAGAAGACGAAACUGAGUCGUGUGCGAUUGAAAUAGCAAGCGUCCUUUUCAACUUCAGCCGGAUUGUUCAAUGCAGAUGGACGCCGUUCGGACUGCUCUCGUCCUGCUGGCUGUCGUCACUGUGGCACGCGCAGGUGGCAGCAGACCCUGUGUGGCGCGCAGUUUCGGGCACAGCUCCGUGGUGUGUGUGUGUAACUCCACCUACUGCGACUCCCCCGGGCCGCUGGAGCUGCCCAGCAGGGGGCGCUAUGUGUCCUUCCAGAGCAGCCAGGCAGGGGCUCGACUGGACAGGAAGACUGGAGAGGUGCAGAAGACCAGCAAAGACCCGGUUCUCAAGCUCAGUUUCAACACUGCGAAGCAGCACCAGCGCAUUAAGGGGUUUGGGGGCGCCAUGACCGACGCGGCUGCAAUAAACAUCCUGUCCCUGUCUGUCAGUACCCAGGACAACCUGCUGGAGGCGUACUUCUCUGAGCAUGGUAUUCAGUACACUGUGGUUCGGGUGCCCAUGGCGAGCUGUGAUUUCUCCACUCGUGUUUACACCUACGCAGACACGCCCGGAGACUUCGAGCUCAAGAACUUCAGCCUGGCGCAAGAGGACACCAAGAUGAAGAUCCCGCUGCUCCUGCGAGCCCAGGCUCUCUCUCCUCGCCCCCUCUCUCUCUUCGCCAGCCCCUGGAGCUCCCCCUCCUGGAUGAAAACCAACUACGCGCUGAUCGGCAAGGGGACCCUUCGGGGGGAGCCGGGGAAUGAGUAUCACAAAGCCUGGGCGCGGUACUACAUCAGGUUCCUGGACGAGUAUGCCCGCUAUAACCUCUCGUUCUGGGCAGUGACUGCUGAGAACGAGCCCUCGGCCGGGAUGAUCACUGACUACCCCUUCCAGUGCCUGGGCUUCACCCCGGAGCGCCAGCGUGACUUCAUCGCCUCGGACCUGGGGCCGGCCCUGAGCUCCAGCCCGCACCGUGGCGUGCAGCUCAUGAUCCUGGACGACCAGAGGCUGCUGCUGCCUCGCUGGGCCCACGUGGUGCUCGGUGACCCCCGCGCUGCUCGCUAUGUCCAUGGGAUCGCAGUGCACUGGUACCUGGACUCUGUGGUCCCUGCGGAGCUCACUCUGGGGGCCACGCACAGCCUGUACCCCGACUACUUCCUGUUUGCGAGCGAGGCGUGCACGGGCUCCUUUCCCUGGGAGAAGGGGGUGCGGCUGGGCAGCUGGGACCGUGCUGAGCGCUACGCCCAUGACAUCAUCGAGGAUCUGAACCACUUUGUGACGGGCUGGACUGACUGGAACCUGGCUCUGGACCUCUCUGGCGGGCCCAAUUGGGUUCAGAACUUUGUGGACAGCCCGGUGAUCGUGGAGCCCGGUAAAGACGAGUUCUACAAGCAGCCCAUGUUCUACAGCCUGGCACACUUCAGCAAAUUCCUUCCUGAGGGCUCCCAGCGCGUGGGACUGGACCCCAGUGCAGAGUCCAAACUGGAGACCACAGCGUUCCUGAGGCCGGACGGGGCGGGCGUGGUCAUCGUGCUCAACAGGGGCUCGGAGGCGCUGCACUUCGCUAUCUGGGACCCUGCUGUGGGCUACAUUGAGACGGUCUGUCCCGCUCACUCCAUGGAGACGUUCCUGUGGAAACGGAAGUGAAAUAACGAGGCUCCCGUCUUCAUUUCUACCGGAAUUCAGGCUGUAAAACGUUGACACAGUAACUAUAGAAACCCGAGUGGUGACGUCAGUGACCACACUUUGCCCUUUAGAGGAGCGCUUCUCUGAUCACCACUCUGCAUUUUAAUAUAACAAUGUAAAAUAUUAAAGAGAAAUACUUGAGUCAGGUCCGAGCUGGUCCUGCAGAGCUUGAACCCGUAGCUGCGGGCCACGUCGUGAGCGUGGGGUACGGACACACUGGACAGGAGAAUGCAGCGAUGGGUUUCCACACCGCUGGACCGUACAGAACUCGAGACGCGAUGCUUCUCUUUCUCUGUGCCUGGAGCACAAGCUGGGAUGUUGAAUUGCCUCUGCUGAUUGCAAUCUAAAAACACUGUCUGUGAUUAAAUGCGAACCCCUCAUUAACUAUUUAACCAGCUUUGUCAUUCGCUCUUCUUUGUUCUUUAUUUAAGCACACGCCCGCCGCUGGACAUUUCUUUCCUCGAUGAUUUCAACGUGUGUGAAAUCCCUGUAAUAAAAACCCAAUUGAUUCUCA